AUGGCUCGAACAAAACAGGCGACCCCGUUGAGGAGAGAGCCUUCCUCCGAGUCCAUGGGCAAGGCCGUCAACGAGACCCCGAGUCGCAGCGCAAACAAGUUGGAUAAGGAGAUCAAUAGGAAUAAUGCUGCAAUUGGAGGUGCAGCAGAAAAAAUGCUAGAAAACGUUGUGCCAGGUGUGAAAGAGGCCGGCGCGUUGCAAUUCCUGAUCGCCGCUGGUGGGAUAUACGGGUCCUUUCUCACCUGGGCGCUCCUCCAAGAGCGUCUUACAACUACACCAUACGGAUCCGCGGAUGCGCCCGAGCUCUUCAAGUUCCCCGUCUUCCUCAAUACGGUGCAAUCUCUCUUCGCCGCCUUUGUCGGCUAUGUCUACCUCCAAUUCGACACCAAAAGCUCUGAGAGCGCCCCUAUCUUCCCUAAUCGCCGCAUCGUCGUUCCGCUGUUCCUCGUGGCUGUGACUUCGUCCCUCGCUUCGCCGUUCGGCUACGCUUCAUUGGCGCAUAUCGACUACAUCACCUUCAUACUCGCAAAGUCAUGCAAGCUGCUCCCCGUUAUGUUCCUCCACAUCACGCUCUUUCAGCGUCGAUACCCGCUAUAUAAGUACCUAGUCGUUUUGGCCGUAACAUCUGGCGUUGCAGUCUUCACUCUGCACGCUGGAUCGGGCAAGUCCAAGCCAUCCAAGGCAUCCAUCAACCCGGAUAGAAACAGUACUUGGGGACUUUUGCUUCUCGGAGUUAAUCUACUUUUCGAUGGCUUGACGAACACCACGCAGGACUACAUAUUCCAGAGUUUCCAGCCAUACAAGGGGCCGCAGAUGAUGUGCGCCAAUAACAUUAUGAGUACGCUUCUCACGUUCUCCUAUUUGGCCCUGUCACCGUACCUAGUCCACACGGGCAUAGGAGAGUAUCUAGGCAUGGAUCUUACGUCAGGCGGUGGCGGCGAGUUUACCGAGGCGUUGGCCUUCAUGGCUCGCCAUCCGAGUGUCUGGUACGACGUUCUAGGCUUCGCGAUUUGUGGUGCUGUCGGUCAGGUCUUCAUCUUCUACACCCUCUCAACCUUCUCCUCCCUCCUUCUCGUAACCAUUACCGUCACCCGGAAGAUGCUCACCAUGAUCCUGUCCGUCAUCGCUUUCGGCCACACCCUCGGCGGCAAGCAGUGGCUGGGCGUCGGCCUCGUGUUCGGUGGUAUCGGCGCCGAAGGCAUCAUUGCGCGCCGGGAGAAAGCCGCCAAGGAGGCAGCUAAGAAGAAGCAGAAGAGCGCAGUCACGAAGGAGUUGUAA